AUGCGGGUCUCGGUGCAGAAGUUUAUGAGCGACUUGGGCUGUUUCUAUGUUCUGACACUGGAAAUGACUGGUGAAGGCAACUCCUCUGCUCCAAAUUCUAAAUCAGCAAUCAAAGGAAAUGUCAUUGCCUGGCACGUCACUGCAAAUGGACUGGGGCUUUCAUUUUCAGACUCACUGCACAUAGCAAUUUUGGCUUCCAUAUUUUCUCUUAUAAUUUACUGGCUCAUCAGAGACAGAUACAGAGUGAGAAACCUGAGUGGAAAGCAUGUCUUCAUAACAGGCUGUGACACCGGACUUGGAAACUCCCUGGCUAAAUGGCUUGACAAAAGGGGAUUUUGUGUCAUUGCUGCAUGUGCCACAGAAAAAGGAGGCCAAGAGCUACAGUCCUGCUCUUCACCCUCACUGAAGACAGUGAAUCUGAACUUAGCAGACUCCAGUAGCAUCGCCAGGGCUGUGGGGUUUGUGACUGAAGAGACAGCUGGCAAAGGGCUUUUUGGCUUGGUGUGCAAUGCUGAAGGAACAGCUCCUGUAGCACCCACUGACUGGCUGAGGAUUGAAGACUUCCAUUCAGUGCUGGAUGUUAAUCUGCUGGGAUUGAUUGAAAUCACACUCAAGCUUCUGCCACUUCUGAAAAAAGCUGAGGGAAGAGUUGUCAAUUUAAUUAAUGCCAAAGGCCUCAUGGCUUUUGUAGGGGGUGGCUAUAGUCUGUCCAAAUGGGGCAUGGAAGCUUUCUCUGACACUUUACGGAUAGAGAUGCAGCAUUUUGGAGUGAAAGUAAGCGUUGUUGAGCAUGGUUUCUUUAAGGCAGGAGUAGUUAAUUCAGAUAUCACCGAGAAAUACCUCUUCAGACUUUGGAACGGACUGACUCCUGAGAUCAGGGACUCCUACGGAGAAGAAUACUUUGUUGAAUAUGUAAAAGCACAAAGAUCUUCAGUCAGAAGACUGUGUGACUAUGAUAUUUCUAGUGUCAUAAAAUGCAUGGAACAUGCCCUGAUAGCAAAGUACCCAAGGACACGAUACAGAGCUGGAUGGGAUGCAAAGUUCUUUUGGCUGUUUCUCUCCUAUGCCCCAAGCUGUUUAUCUGACAUGCUGUUGCGUAUGAUGUUUCCAGCUCCAGCAGAUAGCGGGAGAUCAGUUCCUGGAGUUCUAAUUAAUGUCUAGUAUUAAAACAGUAUCAGCUCUGCACAAAUAAAUACUAAUUCUGUCAAAAUCAGAUGUCCUCUUUACCAGUUACUAGACUGUUUAAAUUCCUUUCAGAUGACACUUUCUCCAUCCCCCACCCUUCCUUACCUGAAAUUUCUGAGUUCACAGGUGGGCUUGUAAAUCCAGUGUGUUUUUGAAGGCCAUUUUUUAUGCUCAGAAAUGAUACCUCUAUAGAAUCUGCAUUCAUAAAAUAUUCAGCUACAAAGCUAGUUGAUACUAUUCACACAAUAAAAAAAUUUUAAAUAAGGAAAAUAAAAUCACUAGAAGAAUCAGUUUUUCACAUUGACUUCAUCAACACAUAGGCUGCUAGUGAUCUUGAAAUAGAACAAUGGUCUUUCAGAACACAUACAUGUACCUUACAGAAUGUAUUUAGUCUGAUUUAAUCAUCUAUUUCACUGGCAGUUUGCUCAUGGUCAUAUUCAGGAGCUGAUAAUCUUCAAAAGCUUCUAAGCACAAGACAUGAAGUCAAACAAUAACAAAGCCCAGCUAAUGCAAUAUAUUCCAAAAAUUACAAUUACAGUGUUUGACCAUGUCUAAUCACCUGAUUAUUCAAUUGUGUAGAACAAAAACACAAAUUUUUUUACAGAUAUGCAAUUAUGGGGAAAAUCAAAAUUCCAUUGUACUAUUCAAACAGCAUAUCCAAACACGUAUUUUAAACUUCUUCCUAAUAUUAGUAUAGUUUAUGAGGAAAAUACUAAAAAUAAUAUGCCUUCACAUUUCUUUCACCCUCAGUGUGCUCUGCAAAUUGAAAGUAUUAUUAUUUCACUUAUCAGAUGAAACAGGUCAUUAGUGCAUGCUAUGGCAAAUUCUUCCAAGUGUGCAAAGAGUGUGUUCAGAAUGGCAGAAUGUUAGCUGAGGUUCCUGUGCCUCUUGUACACUAUUUCUAUCUGCUAAGCUGUUGGCCAGAGGUUCACAAACUGGUGUCCCUAAAGAUAUUAAAAUUGAAGGGGUAAAGGUUUUAUUUGCUAAAGUGCUGUGCUGGUGAUUAAUCAUUAAUGUGCAAUUCAAUUAGGCUUAGAAAAAUACCUUGUGCAGGUCAGAACUCCAAACAUAAGAAGUUUCAUCACUGCGUGUAAGAGGGGGCACGUGUGUAGGUUUGUACAUGUGCAAGAAAAGGACAGAAUGUAAAAAGUGUUAGCAACCUUUAAGU